CACCGGUGUGAAAUAAAUAAUAAUCUAUACAGCCUUUUUACACAAUACAACUAAUUGUCUAACGAAUAAAAAAAAAAAAAUUCAAACAUGGAACGUGCAAUUGACAACGUCACGACGGAUACGUGUCGGCAGUGCGACGCGCAAAUGAGCAGCGAAACAACGUUGCAAUACAUCGAAAACAACUCAAUAACAAACAGCUGACAUAAUUCCGACGCGACAGUCGCAGCGGUCCCGCCAAUCAGCGAUCGGCGCGCGACGGGCCGCGCGUCAGUCCGACCGCGACUGCUGCGCCGGGCGCGCGUCUUUUCGUCGCAGGGUCGCAGACACCAUGAACGGCGAGUACUCCUUCAACCCGGUGCGCCUCAUCGAGGAGGUGAAGAAGCGGCCGGGGCUGUACCAGAGCCACCACACGCUCGACCGGGACGAGAAGCUGGUGCUGUGGAAGGACAUUGGCGCGGCGCUGUUCCCCAAUUGGGACUCCUUCGACAAGGCCACGGCGUACGACCGAGUGCUGCAGUUGCAAAAGAAAUGGCGGUCACUGCGCGACGCGUACAACCGGGAGCUGCGUUCGCGGCGGUCGGGUGUUCGAAUACACCGGAGGGUGUAUAUGUACUUCAAACGGAUGAGUUUCCUCGGAGGCUUCGAAGGAGACGUCAGUGAUGAGACUGACGAGGUGGAAGACGUGGCUCGAGAGGAGAUCAUCAUGGACGACGCUCCGAAGACAGAGCCAGCGGACACCCCAGCAGUACCAACUCCGAAACCGCGUAAACGACGCCGGGCGAAAAAGCCCAGUUCCGAAUUCGCGCCGACCGAAGAAGUUGAAAUGCCAAUUUUCCCCCUAGAGAUGUCAGACGACGGUGAUAGCGACAGGUUGUUUUUACUAUCGUUUUUGCCAGAAAUAAAACAAUUUCCACUAGAUAUUAAGAUGUGGGUCAGAGCUCAGAUCGCUAACAUCAUGCAAGAGGCUGUGACAACGCAUUUUAAUAAGCUCCAAGCGGGUAGUUCGAACGACAGGCGGUUCCAGGUUAAAAGACAGAAUAGAGAUAGUUUCGAUUAGUUGUAGUUGUUGUUGAUUAAUGUUUAAGGUUGAUUAAAGUUGUUUUUUAUA